AUGUUGGUUCAGGAUCGUGUGGCUCCUAAGCCGCCAAAAUCUCGGAUCAAAGAACUCUCUGUUCACCAACACAGCCACCGAUUCGCUGAACCCAGAAACCUCGAUUUCUCGUCAUGGUUUUCCGACAAUGUCUACAGAAUCACCGUCCUCUUCCUCUUCGUCGUCACCGGCGCUGCUUUCUUCUUCCUCUACAACAUCACCGACACAGCUUCUCUCAUUUGCUUCCAGUCCCAAUCAACUCAAUCGAUCCAAUCUCUCACUCGUCCAUCGCCACCACCAAAUCGGAGGUUUAAUUCGAAGACGGAUUGA